UUUUUUGCGAAAAUACCCCCAGUAGUCAAACUGAACCCUAGCGGCUAACCCCGCUCCUCCUCCUCCUCGUCGGCGCCACCGUUGCCGCCGCCGACGGAGAACCCGCCGUCUCGAGGUGCCAGCGGCCUGCCGGUACCCUCUCCUCUCCGCAGCCAUGAUUUGCGCAAUCUCCGGUGAGGUGCCGGAGGAACCGGUCUUGUCGAAGAAAUCGGGGCUGCUCUUCGAGCGCAGGCUCAUCGAGCGCUACAUCGAGGACCAUGGGAAGUGCCCGGUCACCAGGGACGACCUCGCCAUGGACGACCUCGUGACAGUGAAGACCGACAAGAUUGUGAAGCCUAGACCUCUGCAAGCUGCAAGUGUACCUGGACUCCUUGGUAUGUUUCAGAAUGAGUGGGAUGCUCUUAUGCUGUCUAAUUUUGCUUUGGAGCAGCAGCUACACACAGCAAGACAAGAACUUAGUCAUGCACUAUACCAGCAUGAUGCUGCUUGCCGUGUUAUCGCCAGACUAAAGAAGGAAAGAGACGAGUCAAGGACACUUUUGGCUCAAGCUGAAAGGCAGAUUCCUAUUUCAGCUGCUGGACCUGCACAUGUAUCUGUUACAAACGGGAAAAGAGCUUUGGAAGAUGAAGUGGGCCCCGAUGGGAAGAGGAUACGCCCUGGUAUUAAUCCUAUCAUGAUCGAUGAAUUAACAGAGUGUAAUUCUAUGCUCUCAGCCCAGCGCAAGAAACGGCAGGUACCUCCAAGUUUGGCACCAAUAGAUGCACUUGAAAGAUAUACUCAGAUCUCCAGUCAUCCCCUUCACAAGACAAACAAACCAGGGAUUUUAUCGAUUGAUAUUGAUCAUUCAAAGGAUAUUAUUGCUACUGGGGGUAUAGACACAAAUGCAGUUCUUUUCGAUAGGCCUUCAGGUCAAGUGUUGUGCACUCUCACUGGUCACUCAAAGAAGGUUACCAGUUUGAAAUUCGUUCCUCGCGAUGAACUUUUGAUAACUGGAUCAGCAGAUAAGACUGUUCGUAUAUGGCAAGGUAGUAAAGAUGGAAGCUAUAGUUGCAGGCACACACUGAAAGAUCAUGGUGCAGAGGUUGAAGCUGUCACUGUCCAUGCUACUCAGAAGUAUUUUGUAACUGCUUCCAGAGAUAACACAUGGUGCUUUUAUGACAUUUCAACAGGGUCUUGCCUCACACAGGUUGGCGAGGCUUCUGGACAAGACGGAUACACCGCAGCAGCUUUCCACCCAGAUGGUCUUAUCCUUGGAACAGGAACAUCUGAAGCUGUUGUCAAAAUUUGGGAUGUGAAAAGUCAGACAAAUGUUGCAAAGUUUGACGGGCAUGUUGGAGCGGUGACUGCCAUGUCCUUCUCAGAAAAUGGUUAUUUCCUAGCGACUGCAGCACUUGACGGCGUGAAGCUUUGGGAUCUACGGAAAUUGAGAAACUUUAGGACUCUCUCUCCAUACGAUCCAGAUACGCCAACAAGCUCUGUGGAAUUUGAUUUCAGUGGAAAUUAUCUUGCCGUUGCUGGUGCUGAUAUAAGGGUUUACCAAGUUGCCAACGUCAAGUCAGAGUGGAAUCUUGUCAAGACAUUACCAGACCUAUCAGGCACAGGGAAAGUGACGUCUGUGAAGUUUGGAACGGAUGCCAAGUAUGUUGCCGUAGGCUCCAUGGAUCGUAAUCUACGUAUAUUUGGGCUCCCCGGAGAUGAGCGAAUGGAGGAGGCACCGCAAUCACCAGAGAAGUGAGUAGAUGACACUCAUUCUUGAUUUUGUUCGCGGUAAGGCAGGCUGACCUGCUCCGUGUUCUCAAAGAUACGACUUGUAAGAGGAGGGUACGUUGCUGAGGGGAAGCAGCCUGUGGGGCGAGCCAGAUGUUUUUGUAAUUCCAACUCAUGUUUUUGUAAAAUGUCAAAGAUUUUCCAGGACUUCGACA